AUGACUGAAGCUGCACAAAAGUUUUUUGAGUUAUGCCAAACAGUUACUGAAGAUACAAAGGAGGAAGCUAUUAAGCAACUACCAAAUUUUAAUUUCUUACAAUUUACUCUCAGCGAAAUUGAUAAACUUGAAUCAGUUGACUGGAUUCCACUUCCUGAAUUAGCAUCCAUUUAUAGUUCAUGGAUUGAUCAACAUGACAGAGUUUUGAACUCAAUUGUCUCAUAUUUAUUAUUUAAUACAGAAACUACACGCGAUUUGUCAGUAAAUUUUGCAGAAAGUAUAAUGGAUCCAUCUAAGAUUGUUCUCCAUCCUGUGGAAAAUAUCAUUUACAAGAUUGCUACUGCAAAUGGAAAAAGAGAAUACUUAAAUCUCCUAGAAGCAGGUAUUUUCACAGCAAGUUCAUCGGAAGCUUUGAAUCAGAAGGGUGUAGAUGCUCUGUUCAAAAACAUUAAAGACGCAUUUUUCAACUCUAAACCAUUAGAUAAUUCAUACGUUCAAAUUUCAUUCCCUCCAUUCAUGCAAGUGCAAGUACUUGAGUACACUAUUGGUACAGGUAGAAAUAUGUUCCCUCAAACAUGGAUUUUAGAAGGAUCUAACGAUAAAAUUUCAUGGGAACCAAUUGACAACAAAUUACAUGAGAAAUCUGUCUCUCAUGAGUUUACAAAAUACACAUUUCAAGCUACAGCCGGAAAUACGAAGUUUUACUCUCAUUUUAAAUUUACACUCAAAGGAGACAACUCUAAUAACAACAAACAGUUAGUUUUAUCUGCUUUGGACUUCACUGGCUAUGUCAACCUUGUUAAGAAAUAA